UCUAAAGCACCUGUUAAAAAAUUUACAGCUCCAUUAGGAAUGAUAAAGGGAAUCAAGACUUUCAGAGAGUUUAAUGAUAGAACGCCUAAAGCAUUUGAGAAGAACCCAGAAUUUGUUCGAGUACAGUCUCAGCAACAUGGUCACAGGAAAAGUUACACGAAACUUAACGAAGCUGGCAAAAAUAAUUUUAACCUUCUUGGUACUGGCUUCAAGAUUAACAUCUUAGAAGAAGAUGCUUCUGAAGGGAGUCAUGAUUCACAGAAUGCUAUAACACUGAAACAGACUAAGAGUCCUUAUGACUGGAUAAAUAAGAGGUCCGGAGGUUCCUCAACAAAACUUAAAGUGAAAAGACGUUCACAGCCUAUGAUAGAGACUCAGAAGAUAGAAACCUCUAAGAAGUUCCUAGUUGCUAAAUAAAAUAAUAAAAGAUGGUAGGAAAGUGAAGGGUCCACUUCCAGGAUCUAUUGAUUUUGACAUCCGACAAGGUGAGGAUAAUUUCUUAACUAAGAAUAAAAAUGAACUGGCCAGAGUUAAAAAGUCUAGUAACAAGACCAAAGUUGCACCUUUAAACGUUCUGACAGAUAGAGAUGGGUUAUACAUAAGGAGAAGUCUGAUUGGGACUCCUGAAGAGUACCAAAGUGGGCUGAAAUCACAUAUGACUUUGAAUAAAUACAGCUUUAAACGGGCAAAGAUGGGCAAAAUGGGAAAUACUAAGUAUGAAGAUGCUCUCAAUAGAGGUAGCACUCUUGGAGAAGAAUUGAGCAACACUGAAGAAGAUGAAUGUAGAAGCCCAAAUUCAAAGCUCAACCCUAAGACUUUUUCAAGUUUGAAGGAUGCUUCUUCCAAUAACAUCACGACUGCCAUUAAGAGAUCAUUCCUGAAAAUCAAGAAAAGGCCAUUUACAAAGCAAGAUAUGCUUAGCUCAAUGAAUCGGUUUAAGGCUUGUAGGCAGGCAGAAAAGGCCAGUUUGUUAGAAACCAUCAACGAUACAAGGGCCAAGAGGACUAUUUAUACCUCUCAGAGUCAGAAUAACCUUCAUGACCUUGGCUUAAUGAGUGAAGAGAAAAGGCAGACUAUUACUUUUGGUAACCUACUGGCUACAAGUAAAGAAGAAAGAAGAUUGUUAAACCAUGAGAAGGCGAUUAAAAUAUGGAACAAAAGGACCCAGUUCUACUCCCGACAAUGCAAACGAGAUCCUAAGUCACUAUCUCUCAUGGAAAGAAGUGACCAAUAUGCUGUGAAAAUACAAGAACUUGAUCAGUGCUCUAAAUAUUCUAAACAAUGUGAAGCCGCAGAUGCUCAUACUCAAUGGAUAUGUAGCCUGAGGAGCACCACAGAAAAAGACCAGGAUAGGCAAAUUUUCCUACCCUUGAGUAAGAUAAACCCAAUCAGUAGUUGAGUUUCAGCUCGAGUUAAACCAUUUAAGAAGGAAGUGCCUAUUUUCUUAAAGAUCAUUGACAAUAAAGCAUCUAAACAAGAUGCUCUGGUUAAGAAAAAUGAGGUUGCCAAAGUCCAUCGGUUGGACAUCACUAAAAACAAGGGGUAUAUUAAAGACCUGAAGGAAAAGAUAUCACAGAAAACCUUAAAAUACCAAAAUAUGCACGAUAAAGAUGGCGAUCAAAUCCAGAAUGAUUAUGUAACUAAGACACAAGUUGAGAGUCUAGAGGCUUCUUCUCCAAAAGUUAAGAAGAUAAUAGACUUCGAUCGGGUCGAGAACCUCUCAAACCUCUUCGUCAAUGGGGACUGUAAGUUCUCUCUUGAGUAUGAGUAUGCCAAAAGGAGAGGUACUGAUGGAGUUCAGAUGGUACUUGACCAUGUCAUUGACCAAUCUGGUGUCGGGGAGCCAGAUGAAUCUCAAGAGAUCAUAGAGGAAAAUUAAUAAAAUAUCUGUAAGAGUUGUUCAUAACAAUAAAAAUUAA